CACCUCGGCCACGAUUGGAGCUACGUUACGUUCCUCCCACAGUCGCUGGUUCCUUACGUGCCCUCCUUGUGCCUAUGAUCGAUGCCUUGCUUGCAAUCACGAGCAAGAUAUGUAACCAGUCCUCCCUGGAUGGUUGCCUCUCGCGUGAGGUGUGUCGGUGGUGUGUGAAGACACAUUGUAGCUCACAUAUCGAGCUUCAAAUCAUGUGGCAUGUUGGCUGGCCAGUGUAGGUGGCCACAGUGGUGACCAGAGCGGUGACCAGAGCUCACAGUGGUGACCAGAGCGGUGACCACAGCCCACAGUGGUGACCACAGCCCAUAGUGGUGUCCAGUCACAUUUCCGUACUGUGUGGGAGUGGUUGGUGAGUGGGCGGUGGGUCUGGAGGUCGUGUUGGCGAGUGAUGAUCUCAGAUCAAACUGAUCUCAGUGCUCCAGAAGCCUAACGUGUAUUUUCAUUUAUUUACGAUUGAAAGUGUUAAUAUGUGAUAUUACCUUCGAGUGAUAAAUGCUGUUGAAAGUGCAACCUUUGUGUAUAUUUGCGAGUAAAUGCUAAGCACUACUGCAAACAGUGUGAGAGGCGACUAAACCAUUAAGAGAGAGGUGCGAGGAAGAUCACCACAGCCACUUGUGGCCAGAAGUCAUCAUGCCAGGCGUGGUGAUGAGGGCGUGUGGUUGGUGGUGGUAGAGAGCGGACAAGAGAGGCUAACCCCCGCUCCUUCAACAUGGCCAAGUACCGCUAGGCUCGCCACCACCACACACCUGAGCCACCACCACACACCUGAGCCAUGCCCUCCACGGCCCCUCCACCUGACAGGUACCUCAACUACAAGCGACCUGGCUCCAGGCGCUCCAGGGUCAACUACAACUACAAGUACCGGCGGGCAUCAUGUCCUCUUGCCUUCGAGGAAGUCUCGCCCCACACACUCUUAAGGUCUCGGAGCGCGGUGAUGGAGGACGGCGUGAGUGUGAGCUCGGCCUCCGGGUCCGUCUCUGUCGCUGGGUCGUCGACGGCCUCCAGCGUCGGGGAGGAGGUCGUCCUCAGGAUCAACGUGCCCGAACUCAAGGUGGAGAAGUGCCUCCAGUUCCACAAGGAUGACCUGGUCUGGGACGUGAAGCAGCAGGCGCUCGCCGCCCUUCCCAAGGUGGCGCUGUGGUACCGGGAGCUGAGGGAGAGCUUCAACUACGGGCUCUUCUGCCCGCCCCAGAAUGGCCGAGCUGGCAAGUUCCUGGACGAGGAGCGACCUCUGGGCGACUACCCCCUACCCAGCCCUAUCGGCUACCUGGAGCUGAAGUACAAGCGACGGGUGUACAAGAUGCUUCACCUGGAGGAGAAGGCGCUGCGGGCCCUACACACCCGCGCCAACCUCCGCCGCUUCGUCGACUACGUCAAGGAGAACAACGUAGAGAAAGUCAGCAAGAUGUGCGCCAAGGGACUCGACCCCAACUUCCACUGUCAAGAUACCGGAGAGACGCCGUUGUCGCUGGCGGCGCGGGUGAAGAAGCCCUCGAGGAUGGUGGUGUCCGUGGUCAACGGUGGCGCCCUACUCGACUACCGCACCAGGGACGGCGUCACCGCUAUGCACAGGGCAGUCCAGGCCAACAACUUCGAAGCUGUCAAGACCUUGCUAGAUCUUGGAGCAUCACCAAACUACCGAGAUACCCGUGGUUUAACGCCAUUAUAUUAUUCUGUAACCCAUGCUACUGAUCCACUACUUUGUGAGGCUCUACUACAUGACUAUGCUGUGAUAGGGGCCUCUGACAACCAGGGAUGGCAGGAGACCCAUCAGGCUUGUCGAAACAAGAUGGUGCAACAUUUAGAACAUCUCCUUUUUUAUGGUGCUGAUAUGAAUGCUCAGAAUGCCUCUGGCAACACUCCUCUUCAUGUUUGUGCUGUCAACAACUUAGAAGAUUGUGCCCGCGUCUUACUCUUUAGAGGGUGCAAUAAAAAUGCCAUUAACUAUGCCAACCAGACUCCUUAUCAGGUUGCAGUCAUUGCUGGAAAUAUGGAACUUGCUGAAGUGAUAAAAAAUCAUAGUUUAGAUGAUGUUGUUCCGUUCAAGGAGCCACCUAAAUACAAUCCAAACCGUCGCAUUUCUGGAGCUCCACUCUCCCGCACACAUUCAGACCCUAGGUUGGAAGUCAGUGCUCUAACAAAGCCACCGUCGCCUUCUCCUUCUAGUAGAUCCAUUCCACCCUUCAGCUCUGCUUCCUCCUUGAGCGAGACGUCAACAGGCAGCAGCUCCACGUGCACACAUCCAAGUGAAAUGGAUUCCGAAGAGUGUGCCAGUGCUCUAGGUUCAGCAAGUCUGAAUGCUGCAGGUGUGGACUGUUGCGAUAUGGUGAGCGACAGCUCCGGCGUGUGUACGUCAAAUAGUGGCAGUGCAGAAAGUUAUGAUGCUACCCCUACCGACAUCACUCAGUUUAACAUGGGCAUGCUGGUUGUUUGCUUACACCAGUACACUCCACAUAAACCAGGACAUCUUGACAUAAAUGCUGGAGAUAUUUUGGAAGUAACUGGAAGCACAGAUGAUGGUAUGUUAGAAGGAGUGCUGCGAGGAAUUACAGGCCUUUUUCCACCACACUGUGUCCAAGAAGUGCGCUUACGUAACCCUCAAGCUGUAAGAGAAUCCUUGAUUGCUCCUCAAGUGGCAAGAGUUCAGGGAAGACGAGAGUUGAUGAUUCAGCAGCACUAUGGUACAGCACCACGAAUUAGGAAACCGAUAAAUGAGCCACGAACUGUUGUCCUACAUCGUGGCAAGAAGGGCUUUGGCUUUGUGUUACGUGGAGCAAAAGCAACAUCUCCUCUCAUGGAGCGACCCAAUGAGCGAGGUCCAGCCCUCCAGUAUUUAGAUGAUGUGGAUCCAGGUGGUGUAGCUGAUCUAGCUGGGCUCAAAAAGGGUGACUACUUAGUGAAGAUUAAUGGUGAAGAUGUAUCACAAGCCUCGCACGAGCAUGUUGUGACAUUAAUACGUAAAUCGGGUGAUCUGGUCCAGAUGAUGGUAGUAACUCCAACUCCAAUCACCUUUAUGACACACAAGCCACCAAUUGGCAACUUGGGAACUAUCAGACGUGGGUGCCAGACACUCCCUCGAAAACUCCAUGCAGUGCGGUCGUCCCAAGCCCCCCCUGCACCCCCCCCAAGAGAUCCCAGAACAACCUUAAGUGUUGGACGAGCAAGAGCUAAAUCUAUGGUGGCUGGACUACACGACAUUGAAGCACUGGAUGCCAGCAUGCGGGAAAAUGGAGAUUUGAUGUCUCGUUCAGCUGGCCAUUUCCCAGGUGGGGGACAAAAUGGAGGAAGUUACCAUGGUGGGAGCCAUUAUGGUACUCCACAAGGUACUCCUACAUUGGGCACUCCUGCGGGUACUCCUCCUGGGCUCAAGGUUGCAUCUAUCAAAGUUAGACCUUCCUCAAAGCGCAUGACGGCUGCGGAGGUUGAGGAUAUGUUGCAUACGUCUGGUUCCCUUCCUUCUUCACCCCCGAGCACCCCAACCGGUCGUCAACCAAAAGUGUAUGCAAGUGUAGCAGAGAUGAAGAAGGCAAAGGCACUGAAGGCUCGGCAGGCCAUAGACCUCAGCAGACUACACAAGGAUUUCCAUUCCACUCCAGACCUCAAGGCCGGGGUCACGGCCUCUCAGCUGGCCCUCACUAUCGAGGAGAAGCGCAGAUCUAUAUCACAGGAAGACCUCUUUGUCACAGCAUUAAACGAACGCAAUUCACGACACUCCCUUGCAUGUCCGCCACACCGCUCGAGCACAUUGGGGAGGACCAUGGUGGGAUCUCUAGAGUCUAAAGAAUCAUGGAAUAGUGGUGAAGAUGGGACAGAAGAAGAAAGCAGUGAUUCUCCAAACUGUUCUCCAGGACCCAUUGAAUAUCGAAUGUUGAGACGAUCACAGUCUGCUGUUAAUACAGCUAUGCUUCGCAAAGCUGGACUUCAUCCUCCUCCAACUCAUCCUCCUCCCCCACCACCACUUGGACAGCUUGUUAAAGUUGAUAUUAGUAGAUCCAAAAGUGACUAUGCAACAGUUGGCCAAGCACCAUCAACUCCAGAGUCUGUGCCCAUCUCUCCACUUGUACAGUCUAGUUUCCGACCUUCGGACUGUGCAAAGUUAUAUGCAUCACCCGAGGAAAUUAAGGCUGUUGGUUAUCGUAGUCCAGAUAUGAUGGCUGCUCUAAAUCGUAAAAAUAAUGGUGUUAAAACACGUUCUCAAAGUUUGCCACCAAGUACCAAUAGACCCAGUGUUCAAAGGGGCUCACCUGAUAAGGAGUCUUCUCUUGAUUCUGGGAUAUAUUCAACCACAUAUUCAACUUUUCGAGGUACAGAGAGUGAAAACAGUAGAAAUCAAGAGUCUCCAUCAUCUGUUAGUUCGCAAAAGACAUCGGUUAGUGAUCCAGUCACAUAUGCAAGACCAAAGAAUAAUAAAAGCAUACAUGAACUUAAAGAUGCAGGUUCUCCUAAUAAAGCAUAUACUGGACCAGGAUCUGUUGCUUCUCCUGUCCCUGAUAUUCCUGAACCUGACUAUAGUUCAGAUGAAGAUCACACAUACAAUUCUCAAGAUGAUUCACAAAGCAAAAAGACUAGAACAUUAAAGAAGAAAAAGCAAUCUGUUGCUUUUUCACCAAACUUGGUAACUGCUGAUGAGCCAUCAGAUGUACUUCCAUAUGAAUCAUCCGACAUACCUCACUAUGCAGCUCCAGCCAAGAACCCAACGCCUCUCGGUGGCAACUUUAAGGAAAUGAUUGCUCAGAAAGCAGCAGAGAGACAAGCGCGGCAAGACGAUGGAACUGAAGGUUCAAGGUCUGCUACAUCUAGCCCCAAUAAGAAAGUUAAUGGUAAUGGUAAUGGAAAAGGCAUCUCUGAUGUAAUUCAAGAGUCAGCAUUAUUUAAUAAGCAAAAAGAAAAGACUAUCCCAAUUGGAGCUAAAGUGAGACCUGUUCCUUCUAUGCAGAGAGAAGACUCUAAAUCUAAGAUGAAGAACUCUCAUUCUUGUCCCACUGAGUUUCUAGAGGAUGGUGACAAUUCAUCAAGUGGAGUUAGCUCUGACCAAGAUGUUCAUCCAGAGUCUAAUUAUGUAACUGUUAUUAACACAGAGUCUGACACCAUCUCUGCAAAUAAUUCAGAGAGAUUUGGUUGUCAUGGUUCUAGAGACGACAGUUCCGAGGCUUCGGAGAGUUCUGAUGAGGCUAGUGACCGCACAUGGAUUUUAACCAAUGAAAAGGGAGAUAGAAGUGACUCUGGCAAGGACAGCGACAGCAAUGGAUCUCGCAGAACAGGCACACUUACUAGAAAUGCAGUGUCAUUGGUGAAGUUACCUCCCCCACAAGAAACAACUGAACCAGAUGUAGAAGCAGAAUUAGAAGUGGGACAAGCACGCAUCAUGUCCCAAUCAGUUGAUCAGGACACUAUUAGCACACUGUCUUCACUGAGUAGCUUAUCGUCAGGUUCUGGUAGUACAGGGGAAAGAGAGAGGCAGCAUCUACCCCACAAUGUUCCAGUAUCUGUUUCUGCUCAGAUGAGAGCCACUCUUCCUAGACUCUCGUCUAGUUCUUCAGGUUCCAGAGCCAGUUAUACUCCUCCAGUUAGUCAAGCAAUUAAAGCUACAAUUGGAGGAUCACUCAAUCGUAGCAGGUCUGCCUCUAGAGAUCAACACUGGGGUCCUGAUGGUGACAUGCAUCCUUUUAGGGAGAAGAGUGCACCUCCCACAUCUCGUUGCAGUUCUUCUGAUAGGAAUAUCUAUAAGAAAAGUACGAAUGUUGACACGGGAGAAGCAGAAUAUGAACGAAGUAUUGAAGAGUCCCUCCAGUUAAUUCGCAUGCAUAUGGAUUCCUUAAAUGAAGUAAACUCAUUGGCAGGAGUGUCAUUACCAGAACAAGCUGGUGGUGGUGGUAGUGGUGGUGAAAUGGUUCUUGCACCACCCCCAGAAUUUUGUGACAUGUCUUUAGGUGAACCCCAGAACAGGAGAAACAAGACAGUUAUUCAUAUAUCUAGUGAUGAUUAUGAUUCCCCAGGAAAUGUCAUGGGAAGUAGGCAUAGAGAUAGAGAUGAAGAUGAAAUGCCAGGUUUCAGGCGUAAAACUCUCACUGAAUGGACAACACGUGACACAACUGAGUGGCUUGAAAGUAUCUUUAUGCCCGAGUACAAAGAUUCUUUUGAGGAACAAGAUAUUGAUGGUAGAAAAUUAAUGGGUAUAAACAAUGAUACACUUAUUAAUUUGGGAGUGAGAAGAGUUGGACACAGAGUCAACAUGGAAAAAUCUCUAAAACGAUAUAAACCUACUGAAAGAAUUGAUCUUUGAGUUCAACAAAUCAUCAUCGGGCUAUUUACUAAAAAUACAUUAAACAUGUUAAGAAAUAUGAGAUUAUGUGGUUCUUGUGAUGUAUUAUACUCUUGGCAUUAUGUCAUUAUUAUGAUUGGUAAAUUUUCCACUGAAAUUAGAAAUGAUCAUAUGACUCAUGUAGGUGGCUAUACAUCGAUGAAACCCUCAGGUUUACCGAAAAAUAUUUUUCCUGGAGAUAACCUUUUGUCCAUUUUAUAUUCACAAGUUUUCAUGAUCAUUUUUCAUGAGCCCUUCAUUCGUCAUUCAGAAUAGUUUUGAGUGUUUCGAAGACAUAGUUGUAACCUUUUCACUUAUAACGUCCAACUUGUAAACAUUAUUGAAAGAGUAGACAAUAACCAAAUAGAAACCUUAUUCUUUGUUUAAGACAGUGAUUUUGAAUUUUCUCAAAAUCCAUUAUGUAUUUAUAUUCUUUGAUAGUUUAAAGCCAGAGGAUUUCCUUUUCAUGGCUUUUUAAAACUAUGAAUUCAAUAAUGUAUAAAUCUUAAGAGAUUGAUUAAAUGGGGUUAUAUCAGGCAGGCGCAUAGUUCUAUCAUUGGUAUAAAAAUUAGUGAUGAAACUAAUGUUUAUUCACAUGUAAAAAAGAAAAUUACAAACAUUAGACCUAGAUAUUGUAUAACACUGAACAUUAUCCUCCAUGACAGCAAAUUAUCAGUCUGCUUCUCUCCUCUCUUUGUCCAGCUGGUCAGGUCAGAGCAAGCAGCUGGUUGGAAGUUUUCAUCAUAUAGGUCUUUGAUAUUUACUUAUUAUGGUCACAAAAUAUUCUUGCAUGUUAGGUGGUCGUCAUUUCAUGCUGUGUGGCCAUUGAUAUGCUAGGUACUUGCCAAUGCACACUAGGUGGCCAUCGAUGCAUGCUAGGUGCCCAUCAAUACAUGCUUGGUGAUCAUCAAUACUCAUUGUGUGUUGCAACUACUGACUUUUUAUACCUGUAGUAUUUUAUAUAUAUAAAUAUAUAUAUAUAUGUAGCAUAACUAUUAUGUACCAGGCUGUUUAAAUAACUUCUGCCGAAGAUAAAGAAAGAAGGAAAACUUAAGUAUUUCUGGAUUAUAAAUAAACAUAUGUGUUUGUACAAAGAAGCUGUUGAUAGUGUAAAUACUGCAGUCGUAUCAUAAACUUCAUUUGACACAAUAAGUAAUGCAUAAAUGUGUAUAUAUGGUUCUCUUUUUGCUAGUAAAUAUUGUCUAAUCUGUUUCUGCCAACCCAUUUUGUGUGCCAAAUGCUUCACUGCAAGAAAUGAAAUGUAUUCCAGAGAGCUGGAGUGUGAUGAAGCUCACAUGAUCAGAAAUAGCUCCACUAGUAUGAGUGUGAUAAUGAGCCAGAAAUAUCAAUUUGCAAUCAUAUAAAACAUUUAAAUGACAAAGGAGAUGAGAGACCCAAAAAGUGGGUAGUAUUUUUCUUAUUGUGUGAAUUUUUUUUUAGAAAGGUUUAGGAGAUUGAAACAAAUUUGAAUUUGACAGUGAAGUUUAUAUUGAUAUGAUAGAAAUAGGGUCCAAUAACAAUGAAAGUUAAAUUAAUAUAUUUGAAGCUUGUGAACUCUUCACAGCUGGAGCAGUUUCUGCAUGGACAAUCUAGUAGAAACAUGGUCAAUCUAGAAUUGAAGUUUUGAGCAAAUACUACUAGCUAUGAAAUUCAGAUUUUGUACAGUGAUAAGUAUUUCAGAUGGCUCGUCUGCAUGGUUUGCCAUAUUGUCCUCUGAUUGGCAGUCCUCAAUGAACCCUGUGAUUGGUAACUAAGCUGUGCUCAAAGUGAGUUUGGCAUUUAGAGCUAAUAGCAUACUUCAGUAAGGCUUCUUGCUCUGUGUUCUUGAAAAAUUAAGCAUCAUUGGUGCUUUUGGUGAUAGUGUGUCUUGUGCUUUUUUUUCCUCUCUGAUUUUUGGCAAUAUUGAUGGUGCUGAUCAAUUUUUAAAAUAUUUAUAUUUUUGUUUGACAUACUUUUUUACUAAAAAAUCACAGGAAAUUAGGCUUAUUGAAAUAAUGCAUAGAGCUGAGCAGGGGCUAAUCUGAUGACUUGUUUUGAUAGAUCCAUUAAUGCUGUCCUAACACUACCGUCUAGUCUUGUCCGCUGGAGGAGCUAACCAUUUCUAUGCGGAUUUUUCCUAAAUACAAAAUUGUUUACAAAUUUUAAUUAUUUAUCCAGAGAUAUGUAUGUGCAUCUGUGCUCAAUAAAGUUUAAUACUUUUAA